AUGUGUGCAAGUGACUCCAAAUUACAAAAUCUCAAGUCUACAGAAGAUGCUACUUAUAAAAGAAUAGCAGAAGAUUUAGCUAAUGAAUUACAAAUAAGUCAGGAAAAGAAGUCAAGUGAAGUAAAUCAGUUGAAAAGAAAAUUAGAAAAAACUGUUGAUCUUCAAGAAAGGAAAAUAAAGAAAGUUAAACUGAAAAACAAAACUUCAAGUGAAAAUCUUAAAUCUAAAGUACAACAGCAAAAUAGUAAAAUUAAAAAGUUAAGAUGUAGUUGUAAGAAUUACAAAACUCAAAACAGAAGACUAUCAUCCUGUGUAGUAAAACACAAAUCAUGUGCUAAAGAAUUAAGGAAGAAUUUAACAGACAUAGAAAAUAUCAAUAAGAGCAAAACAGAUGAAAUUAAAAAAUUAAAAAGUGAACUGAAUAAAAUUCAGAGUUUGUACAAGGACGCAUUAAAACAGUCGAAUGAACAUGCAGAGCUUGUAAGUAACCUUAAAACAAACCUAAAUGACUCUAUGCAAACAAGGGAUUACCUUCAUUCUUUAAUUCAAGACGAUAAAGAAAUAGAUAUUUUGGAUGAUAAGUUACGUGCAUAUACACCAGAAUUUAGACAAGCCGUCAUGAACAUAUCUGAUAAGAAAAUAUUUAAUGCAUCUGUAAAAGGAAAGGCGCUAAGUAUAGAAGCUCUAACAGAAAAUGUUAAAAAGCUCAUUGAAGAGGCUGCUAGUAAAGAUGUUAGUGAAAAUAUUCAACAAAGGUCAUCUAGGAUGCCAAUUCGUGUUGGGAAAAAAGUAAGACAUACUUUCAACGAAGGAACAUUCACUGCCAAAGUAAUUUCAACAGUACCCGGAUUUCCAGACUACUAUAACUUAAUAUACGAUAAUGAAUUAGACAGUGAAGGGAAGUGCAACAGUUUACCCACAGUCGAAAAUUUGUUAGACAUUAAGAGUCGUGCAUACGAGAUUUUGACUUAG